UCAACAAACUACUAUGGUCGAAGAAACCGAACACCCUGAAGAUUUUUUUCCGCUGGACCUGACCUCCGUGACCCAGGAGCUGUUUUACUGUGUAGCCGACGAGGAUGUGACAGGAGACAGUCCCUACAAGCUGCUGCUAAAGGACGACAUCCUGCAGGAUAUCAAGAACCGAGCAGCCCUGUCUGAUUUCAGCCUCGUGAAGAAAAGCGUUCAGGACUACCCAGAAGAUGAACUGUUGCUGGUGUAUGACAGAGACUUCACCUACGGUCAGAGCUUCUAUCUGGUUCUCACACCAGAAGCCAAGGACAAAUUACUCAAUCCUCCAAAACCUCCUACACCAGUGGAGUCUGUUAUUGAAAUAUGUAAAACCCCAGAACCUAAGCCCUGGGUCUCUCUUGGCAGCGAGUUAGAGAUAGAAGAAGAGUCUGUCAGAGAUACGAAAGAAAAGGUCUGUUUCAAGUUCUCCCGAGUGCGACACAAGUUUGGCGCAGCCGUGCGCUUCUCUGACCGCAGAGCUGCAGAUGUUAAAGAUGGCUUCCUGGAGUGUGCUUCGUACCAGGACAGCAGAUUCAGCAUUAAACAGCUGCAGAGGGACGCAGGGAUGCAGGCAGUGCCCCAGCUCCACGGCAGCAGCACUCAGACACUGUGGAAGCAUCAGAAAAACAUGUGCAUACAGUAUGAGCCUGAACGUUUAGAGUGUGGGGAAAGCAAACAGCUCCUCCAGUCGGAAAGUAUGAAGAACUUCUUGGAUUUAGUCACUCCAAGGGUCAUGCAUGUGCUUCAACAGGAAACUAUUGCAAAUGUGUUCUGUGAUGAUUGGAAAGCUCAGGGCACGGACCACGACGAGGGUGACUUCCCCGUGAAGGCUACAGAAGGAUUAGUGCUACAUCAGACCUUUACCGACCAGAAGUACAUUAAAGAUAAAAAGAUUAGCUGCAUAAACUGGCACCCAGCUAUCUAUGGUGUUCUAGCUGUCUCCACAACAAAAAGUGCAGAGAAGAAGUUCCAAAAACCAGUGACGCCCUCCUUCAUCCUUUUCUACAGCUUUGCCGAUCCUUGUACACCUCAGUUGUUACUAAAAUGCCCUAAUGACGUUUUAGUAUUUGAAUUUUCCCCGUCUGAUCCUAACAUUAUUGUGGGUGGCUGCGCAAAUGGCCAGUUAGUUUUAUGGGACAUCUCUGCGUACGUCACUCAUUUACAAGGAAUACAGCCUGGUGGGAGAAAGGAGUCUGUCAACACUAAAGCUUUUGGCCUGGACGACAGCAAAGAGAAUAUGAUGUCUGUGCAGCACUGUGCUAUGUCUGCCUUAAAGAAGAGAUACAAAGGCCCAAUUACUGAUGUCCAGUGGCUGCCAACAACAUUUGAGGUGACCAAAGCAGGACUUCCCAUAGAGAACAAGUAUAACAUGGCAGUUCAGAUUGUCACUUGCUCCCCUGACAGUUCCAUUUUAUUCUGGGACAUCAGGGUAGCAACCUUGCCAGCUCAAUCUGUGACGGACAAAAAGCAGAAAGUGGAUCAGACGUCUCCCUACAGUGCCCCUCAAACAUUCAAACACCUGGACCGGACAUGGACUCCACUGUUCCGGGUGUCUGUGCCAAAGAUCGAAGCCACUGGAGGAUACGCACCUUUGAAGUUGAGCUUUGAAGACUACACCUGUACCAGUAAGAGAGGAAAGAACGCAGAUGAAGAUGAAGAUGAAAGUUCAAAGGUCAUUCCAGACUACAGUGAACUCAGAAUACCUUCAGCUAAAGCACUCACUGCACUUAAAGAUGUUAACACCAAACUUUACGUUGGAACAGAGGAUGGAGAAAUAGUUUAUACUGACUGGAAAAUGGAAAAGGAUGACUCAGGUCGACCACAGAGUGGUAAGCCGCUUCACUGCCUGAGCAUUCAUCACUGGUUGGUAAACACCGUACAACGCUCACCAUUCUUCAGGGAUAUUAUUUUGACGAUAGGGGGCUGGAACUUUGCCAUCUGGAAGGAGGGAGUCAUGGAUAUGCCUAUCUUCGAGUCGGCCUGUUCAGAACAGCUUUACACAGUGGGGUGCUGGUCUCUGUCUCGACCAGCUGUCUUCUUCUUGGGGAGAGAUGAUGGCAGCAUUGAGCUGUGGAACCUGCUGGAGCAGACCAGUGAGCCCACACAGAUUCUGGCUCAUGUCAUCAACGCCAAGAUCAGCUGCAUCAAACCCUGGAAGGCAUCAUCUAAACAGCACUUCCUGGCAGUGUGUGACGACCUGGGAAUGAUUCGUGUGUUUGAAAUCCCAAGGGCUUUCUAUGUACCAAUAAAGAACGAGAGUGUGAGUAUGCGGAAAUACUUUGAGUUAGAACAAAACAGGAUAAAGGAUCUGAUGAAAAAGGAAGAGACACACCACAUGGGAGGGGACGAACCCAAGAAGAAGACGGAGUCACUUAAAGUCCUGGAGGAGAGUGAGGAGGAGGCCAUGAAGGUGUACGCUGCCUCCCUGGACAUGCAGAAGAGCAUCCUAAAAAGCAUGGGCCUGCUCACAGAGACUGACAAAGAGUAACUCACUCUUCACACACAUAUGUCAUAUUUAUACAACAACAACAU